AUGACAUUAACUGCAAAUGCGGGUGUCAAGAAAUCAUUCCGUGCGCGAGCAUGCGAGAAUUGCCGGCUGCGAAAGAUCCGAUGUGACAAGGAGUCACCGUGUUCCAGUUGUAGUACGCUGGGCAUAGCAUGUAGCGCUAUUGGAUCUCCGAGCGCAUCUCGAGACCAGCCAGCCCAGCCUCAGCCUCGAGCUGCCUUGAUCCAGUAUGAACACAAAAUCGACCUGAUUCAAGAACAACUGUCUGCACUACAACGCACAGUCCAUGAUAUAUCUCGGUCAUCUGUUCCCGCUGCAGCCCCGAAUCCCCCGUCAUAUCAAGUCUCUUCAAGCCCGACAUUCGAGGGGCAGAGUUCAUUUAACAGUGAAACGCGUCUUGCGCAAGAUGUCGCUUACUCGGCUGUCGCAGGGAUGCAGAGUGGUAGACCAAAUGAGGAUGUUUCGGCGGCGCUGGCGUCGCUGAAGCAUAGUUUGGAUAAACAUAAUCCGGCGCAGCCGCAGGCGGCGAGACGCGUAACUGAUUCUGUGCAGUUGGGAGAGCAACUACUACCGGCUGCGUUUGUUGUCGCUGUUGUUAAGAAGAUUAAAGCACAACCACCAUUCUGCCUCAUCAGUCAUUCGUGGCGAGAUUGUCUGCAAAUCGAAUCCCUCUGCCAGUCAAUCUACUUCCCCUCUGAUCCGAUCCCAGCUGGAUCGCUAACACUCAUGCAUGGACUGCUCUACUUUGUCGUUCGUGAUUACCUACACGAAGAUGACCCUGAUCUUGCCAAAUUUGAUGCCUCGACAUAUUGCAAGUCCUGUAAGGAUCGGUUUUCCGCCGGUCUCAAGAGCUAUGAAAUGAUGAUUGACCCAACGCUUGAGAAGAUUCAAGCUCUUCUUCUUGGAGUAAUAAAGGCGCAAGAAGAAUCUAACAUCCAGCUGUGCUGGACACAUCUCGCGUUGGCAUUCAACAUGUGUCAGACCUUGGGAUUGCAUAGACGGGGUUCUCUACAACACGAAUCGCUGACACUGGCUGAAGCAAAACGUCAUGUGUUCUGGUCAUUGUAUACCGUUGACAAGCAUAUCUCUCUGAAUCUAGGAGUCACAUCGCAUUUUCAGGACCAUGAUAUUGAUGCUGAUCUGUUUACACCGUCAGAUAAACCGCAGCAGCGUCCGUGGGAUGUGAUGACUCUUGUUACUGUCGAGUUUUCGAGACUCCAAGGACAGGUUUAUGACCGGUUAUAUUCUACAUCUGCUUCGAAUGCCAAUGCAACUGAACGAUCCAAGACGAUCGAGAAGUUAUCAAGUGACUUAACGGCCAUACGGGAUAAACUGCUGGCGAUCGAUGUCAGCCAAGGUCUCUACGCCGACUCACUCCACGGAAUGGCCGCGUGCGCCGAUUUUAUCACUUAUUCCAUCCUAACCAUAAUCCACCGCGCUCAAACCCGUCCUAGCAACGCAAUGGCUAUAUCAACCAAAUGCUUCGACGCGGCUACGCUGGCAUUGCAGAGUCACCUCAAAUGCUUCGCUUAUUUUCGGGACCGAAAGAUCCACAAACAAGCCGAAUACGUCAAUUGGAUCCUCCUCUAUCCAUCGUUUACACCAUUUGUCAUCGUCUUCACCCACGCCAUAACAACCGCCUCCGCAGCCUCCCUUUCCCUCCUCCACGAAACAGUCACCUCCCUCGACCUAAUCAAAACCCUCUCCCGUGGCUCCCUUCACCUCUAUGAAAUCUGCACCGCCUUUGUAAAAACCGCCCAAGCCCUCCUCGACUCCUGUCAGACAUUGACGGGCCUGGAGCAGCACCAUGACGGAUUAUUGCUUGCGCAGGCGGAUGCUGGGAUCAAUAUCACUUUGCCGGAUGUCACUGGGACGGCGGAAGGGGGAAUGGAGGGGUGGAUGAAUAGUGCGGAUAUUGAGAUGUUUUUGAAUGAUUUUAUUGGGUCAAAUCGGUCUGCUAUGGAUAUUUUGGGGUCGAGUUAUAUGAGUUAG